UAUCAAAACAGUUGCCAUUUAAUUUUUCUGUUUAUUGGUAAUUGAAUUGUCGUUGCCUUAAUUAACUGUAUAGGUGGUUUGCCUAAACAAACUCUACUUACAUUUUGAAGGGAAUACGUGCUUACUUCCGGUUAGUUUUGCCUGUUUUGCAGUAACUUGAUGCGCUUUUCUGAACUGACGGCAGCCAGAGUGGCGCCGCUAGCAAAGCGAGGGAGAGCCGACAACUUCAACUUUAUUUUUUACUGUAGUAUAACCACUUCCGUGUUUUUCUAAACUCUUCAGAAAAUUUAAAAAUUGCUGCUCCUUCAUGUCAUGAGGUCGUUGGUCGCUCUGAUGCUGAGAGGUUUGUGAUCUCACUGAAGUACAGCUGAAUUGAUUUUUUAACGGCCCUGUGAAGAUCAUCUCUGCUUCAGAUUCCUGAUGAUGUGAAACUGUCAACAACAUACAUAUUCUCUCAGAAAGUGCAGCCAGAGAAAGAAAUCAAGAUGUCUAUCACCAACACACCUACCAGCAACGAUGCUUGCCUCAGCAUUGUGCACAGCCUGAUGUGUCACAGGCAGGGUGGUGAGAGCGAGACGUUCGCCAAGCGGGCGAUCGAGAGCCUGGUGAAAAAGCUGAAGGAGAAAAAAGACGAGCUGGACUCCCUCAUCACAGCUAUCACCACCAAUGGGGCCCAUCCCAGCAAGUGUGUGACCAUUCAGAGGACACUUGAUGGACGGCUGCAGGUGGCAGGACGUAAAGGGUUCCCUCAUGUAAUCUACGCCCGGCUGUGGCGGUGGCCUGACCUGCAUAAGAAUGAACUGAAGCACGUUAAAUACUGCCAAUUUGCCUUCGACCUCAAGUGUGACAGUGUGUGCGUCAACCCCUAUCACUAUGAGAGAGUGGUGUCUCCGGGCAUAGACUUAUCGGGACUGACCCUGACCAGUUCUGGACCCAGCUCAGCACUGAUGGUUAAGGAUGAGUACGAUUUUGACGGACAGCAGAGUCUGCCUUCCAUCGAGGGAGGGCACUCCAUCCAGACCAUCCAGCACCCCCCAUCAGGCAGUCGCCCGGCCCCCUCUGAAUCAUUUGCCACCCCAAACCUGCUCCCACCUGCUGAGGCCUCCACCUCCGCCUCAACGUCGUCCUUCCCUGCCAUUGCUACUGGAUCAGGCAGUGCCAGCUCCACCUGGUCCAGAAACAGCAGUUUCACCCCAAACAUACCCCACCACACCAACGGUCAUCUACAGCACCACCCUCCUAUGCCACAUCCGACACACUACUGGCCAGUGCAUAAUGAGCUCGCCUUUCAGCCUCCCAUAUCCAAUCAUCCUGCUCCUGACUACUGGUGUUCCAUCGCCUAUUUUGAGAUGGACGUUCAAGUCGGGGAGACAUUUAAAGUGCCCUCUUCUUGCCCCAUCGUGACCGUGGACGGCUACGUCGACCCCUCAGGAGGAGACAGGUUCUGUCUGGGCCAGCUCAGUAACGUACAUCGCACUGAGGCUAUCGAGAGAGCAAGGCUUCACAUUGGUAAAGGGGUCCAGCUGGAGUGUAAAGGUGAGGGAGAUGUGUGGGUGCGAUGUCUCAGUGACCACGCAGUGUUUGUCCAGAGUUACUACCUGGACAGAGAGGCGGGCCGAGCCCCCGGAGACGCUGUUCACAAAAUCUACCCCAGUGCUUACAUCAAGGUGUUUGAUCUUCGUCAGUGCCACAGACAGAUGCAACAGCAGGCUGCUACAGCUCAAGCAGCAGCCGCAGCCCAAGCAGCAGCUGUAGCUGGAAAUAUACCUGGACCUGGAUCAGUAGGAGGGAUCGCUCCAGCUAUUAGUCUGUCAGCAGCCGCCGGUAUCGGGGUAGAUGACCUCCGGAGGCUGUGUAUCCUCAGGAUGAGUUUUGUGAAGGGCUGGGGGCCCGACUACCCCCGUCAGAGCAUCAAGGAGACCCCAUGCUGGAUCGAGAUCCACCUGCACAGAGCUCUACAGUUACUGGAUGAGGUCCUGCACACUAUGCCUAUAGCAGACCCACAACCUCUGGACUGAGAUUAUUACAACUGCAACAUACAGUGGCAAUGGAUAGUCUUCCUCAGUGAACUGUUUUGGGUGGAGAAUGAAUGUGACACUGAAGCUGUCGCACAUGAAAAAAUACUUUCAGGUGUGUUUGAGGCACCUUUGUGCACUGUGGCCCCUGCUUUUGCUUUUUUUAAGCAAGAGUAACACUAAACCCAGUAACGCCAAAGCCAUAUAUUAAAGAUAUAUUGGUCUAUAUUUUUGAUCGAUGGCUUUGAUUUGUGAUGGACAGUGAACUGUAGGACUAGAAAAAGAUGUCACAAGUAACUUCAAUUAUAUAGCACCACAACAUGCACAUAGAUGACCUGCAGAGCCCAUGAAACUGGAAUGUACACUGAUAUUACUCAGCAUCCCAGAGUCCACAGCCACCGACUACUGACAGGCAUCACAUUCACUGAACAAAUAGAUGAACAUCUGAGUGUUGUUGCAGCUGCAGGAUGAGUUGCUGUACACAGAGUCUCUCAUAUCAAGUGUCUGGGCUCCAGAGUACUGCUGGUUUUCUGUUGUCAGUCUUCUUUGCUCGACACUUCUGAUGAUGAGCAAGUUCAGUUGACUGUCAGGCUGAAUAGAAAAGCAGCAGCACUCUGAACUGCAAGGACGACUGCUCGACGUCAUGCUGAUCACUCCCUCUCAGCAGCUAAACAGUGUUGGGGACCACCCAACUGGAUUAGGUCGUACCAGACAUUGACAGAAAAUGAAAUGACACACACCAUGCCUAAAGCCGACUCAGCCUCUGAACUGAAAGAGGUAAAGUCUAGGGACUUUUCUAGGUCAGGUAUUGUCAAACUACGGGUUUGAACUUUAAAAGAUAGUUGCAGGUCUGUGCCUGGUGGGUGUCCAUUAACCAAUCUUUUUUUUUUACCCCCUCCUUAGACAGGAUGUGGAGCAAAGCACUCGUUCUUCUCUACAAAUCAUAGCUACACUAAAGCAGAUUUUUUUUGGGGGGUGUUAUAACAUCAUGACAUACAAAGUUGGUGAUACAAUAUAACUGUCUUUCCUGACUUACUGUGUUUUUAUUAUUACUCACUCAAAAAAAAACAAGUGAUGACAAGAUCCUCAUUUAAGCGAUCAUUCGUCACUUUUCCACCGUCUGUUUCAGGUAUGGUUACUGUUUUGGAAAAGGCCCUCUUUUAUGCUGCCACUAAGGAUGAAUCUCAAACGCCCUCUGUGAGCUCCCUCUUGCCUUUCUUACUUUCCCGCUGAGAGGAGAAACAGCAGAGAAGGGGCAGACAGUUGGUCUGAGGUUCACUCACAGGGUUUAUCAGUGUUUUGGCAAACCAAAAACAUACUUUUUAGUCUAGUGUGAUCAUGAGAGCGAGAAGUCCAGUCAGCUGCUGGACUUUGCCCCAUUUACGUUAAUAUGGAGGUUUCUUUAAUUGAAUGUUAAUGGUUAUUAUUUUUCUUUGUAUUCAUUUCAGUUUUAUUGGGUUUUAUCUUCAAGCACACCCGACAGUCUCCACACACUAGUUGAGAAUCGUUAUACUUGACUUGCAGCCCACUUUUGUAUUAUUUGAUCCAGGUCUCUUGUGUAUAGUUUACUGACAAAGAUGAGAGAAUUUAAGACAGUUUCCCAUCAAUAUCAAUAUAUUUUCUUGGUUUUAUUUUUGUUACCUUUAUUAAUUGUAUUAUAUUUUUAGCACUUUACUUUUUCUCUUGAUUUUAAUUAAAUAACCCUUAUUUUUUUGAGGUGGUUGUCCUGGUUGAUAUGAAUAAUAAGGGAGUGAAUAGGUUGGUGUAUAUUUUAUGUAGGAUUGUGAGCAGAGGCAACAUUGUGAUGCAUUUGUUUUGAAAACGUCUGUAACACUAAGACACCUUUUUAAAAAUCUGUUUUUUGCCCUUUCACUCUAUAGACAUUUACACACAUCUGUAGGGAUUCUUUUGGCUGUUCUGAGUUACCUUUUUCUUUUUUCAUUUGCAGUUUAUUCUCUUUUUAAUCCAUGUAAAUAACUUUGUUUUUGAAAUGCAUGUCAAUGUUUGCAUGAAUUUUAUUGGCAAAUAGACUUUUUUUAUUCCUGCCCCCCUAUUUGAAAUUGAGUACUUCACUUCCCCUGCAUUACACAGGGAAACUGGACUAUGAAGAGAGCAGAAAGUAGCACCUGCUGUAUACUGGUGAGUUAGCUGUUAGCUGUUAGCUGUAUACAGUGUUUUAUGAGAACAGCAUUAAACACACGCAGGGAAGCUACAAAGUCAUAAUUGAUGUAAAUGCUCCAAUUUAAUUAUAUAAUCUCAAUUUUUAAGCAGCCAAGCUCCUAAAAAAUAAAAAAAAAUUGUCUCCCAAGACAAAUACAGAAACUCCUUCAGUUAAUAGUGAUCAGCCUCUUCAAAAGUAAAAUGAGUACAAGCAUGAUAUUUUCUCUUUUGCUGGUAUUGGAAACAGGUGAAGGUAAUGUGAUUUGAUUUCAGCAUGAGUGCCCUCUUCUCCUCCUCCUCCCUACGCUGCAUGUGAUACCCUCUGUUACACUGUUUGCAAAGGCUUUUCUUAUAGAUUAGACUCAUUGCUUUAGGAAUAUGAAUUUCAUUUAUUCUCGUGUUGAGACUCACAAACAUCUGUUCACGCCUUUUUUAAUCAGUUUGUGCUUUUGUCCCUAUACAGGUUUUUUUGGGGUUUUUUUUUUUCACAAAGCUGUUCUGGUAAAAUAGAUGAAACGUCAAAAUUAUAAUUGGAUUUUGUUCAAGGGGUCUUUUAGUCAAAGGAAAUGAUCCACUUUGGUGUCCAGUUGACUAAGCAAAACUAGGCAGAGGGUUGCUUUGUCUCCUCUCUGUCCCAUCUUUGAUUAUUUCAAUAUAAUUUGAAAGCACUGUCAAAAAGGUUUUGUCCUACAUCAGGGAUUAAGAAUCAAACAUUGGGAUUAUUCACAUACUUAUGCAUUGGAUUGAUUGAAAGGCAGGAAACAGGAUAUUUUCUAAUUAUGUUACUGAAAGAACUGAUGCUGAAUUCUGUCUGGAGAAAUAAUCUGUUAUGCUCUAAGGUGGACAGAUGUUUUUAUAUUACGUGCAGUUAUUAUAGGAGCCUAAAGACACAGCUCGAAUGAGUUGAUGUUGACUACUAUGACAGAUUGCAGAUAUAAAAUUUUACCUGUAUUUCUUAUGUGAGAGUCUAUAAUUAAACAUGGCCUGAUAUUCUCUA